CCGCAGCACAUGCCAUUUUCCAGACUCAUAAUGAUGGAACUGGGAAGGCAAAUGAAAUUCUUGACACAGUUAUGAAUAUUUAUAUCAAAACCAUGGCUGAUGAUGACGAUAAGGAGGUUGUUGCUCAGGCUUGCUUGAGCAUUGCAGACAUCAUGAAGGAUUAUGGUUACGCAGCCAUUCAAAAUUAUCUAUCGCCCCUUGUUGAUGCGACAUUGCUACUGCUGACGGAGAAAGCAGCUUGCCAGCAAGUAGAAGACGAGAGUGAUGAUGAUGAUGAUGUUGGACAUGAUGAGGUCCUCAUGGAUGCAGUUUCUGACCUCCUCCCCGCCUUUGCUAAGUGUAUGGGGUCUCAUUUCGAACCCGUCUUUGCAAAACUCUUUGAGCCGUUGAUGAAAUUUGCGAAAGCUAGACGUCCCGACCAGGACAGGACAAUGGUUGUUGCUUGUCUUGCCGAAGUUGCUCAAGACAUGGGUGCUCCAAUCUCUGCCUAUGUCGAUAGGAUAAUGCCUUUGGUGCUCAAAGAAUUGGGAUCAACUCAUGCAACCAAUAAAAGAAAUGCAGCUUUCUGUGUUGGAGAGCUAUGCAAAAACGGGGGUGAAACUGCUCUCAAAUAUUUCGGUGAUGUGCUACGUGGACUUAACCCGCUUUUUGGGGAGUCAGAAACAGACCUCGCUGUUAGGGAUAAUGCAGCAGGUGCUACGGCGAGGAUGAUUCUUGUUCAUCCUGAAUUAGUCCCACUAAAUCAAGUACUUCCAGUUUUGUUAAGAGGUCUACCUCUAAAGGAAGAUCAAGAGGAGUCCAUGGCUGUAUACAGUUGUAUAUACUCGCUUGUUUUAGCAUCCAAUCCACAGAUAAUACCUCAUGUACCGGACCUGGUAAGAAUAUUUGGGCAAGUGGUGGAGUCGCCAGUGGAGAAAGUUGAAGUGAAAGCAAUAGUAGGCAGAACUUUCUCCCACCUGAUAUCGGUUUAUGGGGAUCAGUUGCAUCCUUUCAUAAGUGGUCUACCUCCUUCUCAAGCUAACGCUCUUGCUGCGUUUGCUUCUUCUACUGUUUGAUUUGAGUCUAUUGUAUUCUACUGUCAUCCUGUAUUUUUUUUCUGAUUUGUUUGAAAUCGAUUCUUGCUCAUUUGAGUCUCAAAUCUUUUUUCUUCUCCAGAGUUUUGAGAGUUUUGUUUUUUUCUUCCUCAUUUUUUUCCAUUUAUUUGAAGUUUUCCAAGUUUGCUGCAAGUUAUUUUGAGUGAAGAUGGGGUAAAAUGUUAUCUGUAUUUUACCCUUGAUAUGUUUUUUUUACAUUGACAAAAUUGUAUUUUGGCCUUCAUAAUGUGCUGGCAUUUGGUUAUAUUAUUGAGUAAAAUGUA